AGAGUACAAAAAAUUUCCUGUCCCCCUACCCGCUGGAAAACAUUUUUAUCUACCCACAGAUCCAUGCGCGUCAAAACUCAAGAUGGCUGCCGACAUGACUUAACAAAUUUUGGACGAGUUUGCGCGAAAUUUGGUUGUAUUUGAUUGAAAUGAAACUGAGAGCUGUCUUGAAUAAGCGUAGAGAAGUGCUCGAAUUGUCAGGAGAUGCAAUAACCUUGAGUCACUGUCGCCAAGCUGUCCAAAGAAAAUUUGGUUUGAGAGAAAACAGUUUUAAUCUGAGCCUGAAUGGGAAAGAUAUUUUAGAGAAUGACUCUGUACUCCUCAGAGACCUGGGAAUAGUAAAUGGUGACUUGAUCCACGUUCUGCUCAACAACGAUGAGGAAGAAAUAACAUCAGAUAACCUUAGUGCGCCUGGUUCUUCAAGAUCUACUGUGUAUAGUACUCGUUCACCCUCCUUUCAUUCCACAGAACCGGUAGCUGGUACAUCCCAGGCAAGGUCAGUGUUGUCUACACAUGGAAAACAACAUGAUGAACAGAGUAAAGAAAAAACCAGAGAGGCAGGAACUGAAAAUGUUCAGCAUCAUCCAGGAUCUUUUUCAUCUGUGUCAAGUGCAGGAUCUGUGUCAUCCGUCAGAUCUCUGGUUCUUUGUCGAGAAGGAAUUCCACCUAUGUUAGAAGACUUAUAUAGAGCUACAGGGGUUGGAACCAUUCACCAGGCUGCAUGGGUUGUUAUUCGUGUUUUGAUGUUAGAGACUGGUUUUAUCUGUGGGUUAGAUGAACCAACAGAAAUGGGGAAAAUGGAGGAACUGAACAGAGAUGAACCCUCUAAGGCAUGGAAGACAGGUGGUGUUGUUAAAGCGAUGUACACACAUUCAUCAUGUCCUGGUUUAACCUGCUCCCUGACGUGCACCUCUCUUGGUCCAUACAUGAUGCUACAUGGUCACACUAAUUCAGUUGCAAAAAGUGACAUUUAUCAAUGCAAGUUACAACCAACUGACUUUGUCAGGGGAAAUGUGGAUCUCAAAACAAGUGGAGCCUUGUCAGUGUAUUAUAACCUUCAUCGGCUGUCAAGGUUAUUUAAAGAUCAAGUUGCUUAUCCAUUGUUGUCCUUUAUGAGAGCUGCUCUAGGACUACCACAAUUAUGUGGUUUUAUGGCUGUACCUGCAGAAGUUAAGCUGAUGAUUCUUGGAAAUCUUCCAGUUCAGAGCAUUAUAAAUGUUUCUUGCACUUGCAGAGAACUGAGAUCUCUUUCAAGUGAUUCCACGUUAUGGCAGCACCUUGUGUUAAGAGAUUUCGGUAAGAUGCAGCUUGAGAUAAAAAUUGGGUGUCUUUGUCCCCCUUCCUUCAAAGAAGGUCACAAAAAUAAAGGGAGUGAUCUCUGA